AAGAGCCUGCUAGCAAAGUUGAACAUAACCCUUAAAUGUUUGCGAAUUACAUGAAAUGGACUUUUGUUAAAUACAGAAAAUAGGGAAAUAGAAAACGAACAUUACUGUACAUUGUAUUUCGACACGUUAUUAAUGGUUUCAUGCCUACACAUCCUGACUGAUGGCCUAUUCAGUUGAGAAGCUGUUGUCGGAUGCUGCCACGCUCGUGAGCCGACUGAAGGAACAUGACACGAUUGCCGACAUCCUCAUCUCACAGACCAGUAACCUCCACAAACGCAUGGAGGCCAUGAGAGAAUACCAGGACGAUAUCACGGAGCUUAACGAGAUAGCGAAGCAUCGACCCAGGUCGCACCUGGUGAUAGGAAUUGCGCAGGAGAACCGGCAGAUUCGGGAGCUGCAGCAGGAGAAUCGAGAACUCCAGAUUGCUCUAGAGGAACACCAGUCAGCGCUGGAGCUAAUCAUGAAGAAGUACCGGGAACAGGUCGUCACGCUAAUAGAGACAAGGAACUGUGAACAGGCACUGGCGGGAAAUAAUGACCAGUCCAAGGAAAUGGAAAAGUUGAUCAACAAAAUCUGUGAAAUGGCCAACAUCAUGCAGAAGUCCGUCACAGUUGACGAAGACGCAUCUGCAGCAGAUAAAGAACGUCUCACACAGCUGGAAAUAGAGAACAGAGGACUGAGGGAAUUGUUGGAAAUAUGCUCCACGGGGCGAUUCAGAAUCAGGGAGGAUCAACCCCUUUCUACAGACAACAGGGGCUGUAAGACAGGGGCAGAGGCAGGGGGAACAACUGGGUCUGAUGAGAAGCAAGAAAUAGAGACAGAUGAGAAGUCAGGGGAAAGAACCCCAAGAAAUGAAGACAUGGUGGGAACUUGAAUAGGUUUAAACUUUAGGAUGCUGUAACAUUUGUAUUUAUUAUAGUGGAAUUAAGAUAUUGUUCUCCAUUUAAGAGUUAUUUAUUUGCUCAAAAAAACAUAAAAGAGAAGAUUUUUUUUUUUAACGCUUUAGAGAUUAUUAAGUUGUAAUGAUAAACGGUAUUAUAAUCAAAGUCCUACUGGCUAGUAAAAAACACAAAAUAAUAAAGCGAAAAGAAAUUCCUUUUUAUCUGUUUACAUGGCAUAUUAUAUAAGGACAGACCUUAUUAUAAACUGUAUUUUCUAUGAUUUUGUGUUUGACUUGUUUAUUAUUUAAGAAAUCGCUGUGAAUGCCAUGUUCUGUCAGUAUCUGAAGUAUAGGAUUUUUUCAGUGUUAGUAAAAUACUAUAAACAUCAAAAAAUAAUUUGGAAAAUAUAUGUUGAAAAAAUGUCAAUGAUGUUAUCCGUAGGUAUUUUUCAAGACAUAUUAUAUUUGCACAUUGUAGUGCGAAGAUUAUUUGAUUGUUAAAUGUUUGUGCUACUGUUCAGUGAAGUCUUAUAGGUAACAUGAAUGGAAGUUUAAGUCAUCUAAAAUUUACCAUGUAACAAAUAUUCAUUUGAAAGUAUAACAUGUUUUUUUCCCAUACUGUUAAAUGAAAAGCAAGAGGAAUUAUUGAAUCUCCAAUUAAUUUCAAUUUUUUUAGUUCCAUUUUCCAAAAUUUAUUUUAAGCCAACUUAUUAUUCUUUCUUGUUUUAUUAAGAAAGGUAUAUUUUUGUUGUUCAAAGUUUGUAUGACGAUUGUCAUAUGCUAUUUAAAUUAUUUCCUUUCUUUCUAAAAAUGGUUUUUUGCCACUGUUUUUAUUUUUCAUCAAUGACAUGCACUGCUAUUUUUCAUAAUAAAGUAAUUACAUUGCAGUUUUUUGCUUUUCUAAACAAAAAUCUUUUAACGAUAACUGAAAUUGGUUCAUAUGGCUUAAAUACAAUAUAUAAGAGCUAGCCUCUGUGAAAAGUGGGUGUAAUGCGUGCGUGUAAGGUGUCGUCUGAGAUUAGCCUCUGCAGUCCGCACAGGCUAAUAAGGGACAACGCUUUCCGCUUUUAUGAUAUUUUCUGUUUAAAGAAAGUCUCUUCUUAGCAAAAAUCCAAUUAAGUCGUAAAGUGUCGUCCCUAAUUAACAAGAGCUGCACUAAUUGAUUGUCAUAUAUAUCCUUGCAGUCAUGCAUUGUUAUUUUCCCCCAACAAAGGCAGAGGGAUAAAGGUUUGGUGUUUUCGUUCCGUCUAUCUGUGUGUAACAAACCUUUAGGGCUAAAACUCAUAAACUAUGUUAGAUUUCAACAUGAAAUUUCAUGGGUGUAUAGAUACACAUGUAUGAAUUCGUAAAAUGUCAUGCACAAGAACCAUAACCCUACAGUUUUUUAGCUCACCUGAACCCAACGUGCUCAUGGUGAGCUUUUGUGAUUGCCUUUUGUCCGUCUAGCCGCGUAAACAUUUGCCUUGUUUACACACUAGAGUCGACAUUUCUUGUCCGAUCUUUAUGAAAGUUGAUCAGAAAAUUUGUCCCAAUAAUAUCUUGGACGAGUUUAAACAAUGUUCCGGCUGGUUAAAAACAUGGUCACCAAGGGGCAGGGCAUUUUUUCCUAAUAUGGCUAUAGUAAAACCUUGUUAUCACUCUAGAGGCAAUACUUAUUGUCCGAUCUUCUUGAAACUUUGUCAAAACAUAUCCAUAUCUUGGAUACAGUUGAUUUCAAAACAUGGCAGCCAGGGGCGGGUCAUUUUUCCUUAUAUGGCUUUAGUAAAAAAUUGUGAACACUCUAGAGGCCAUAUUUAUUGUCCGAUCUUCAUGAAACUUGCUCAGAUUAUUUGUCUCAAUGAUAUCUUGGAUGAGUUUAAAAAUGGUUCCAGUUUGUUGAAAAACAUGGUCGCCAGGGGGAUGGGGCUCUUUUCCUAAAUGGCUAUAUUAAAACCUUGUUAAUUCUCUUUAAGUCACAUUUAUAGUUCACUCUCCAUGAAACUUGGGCAGAACAUUUUGUUCUAAUGAUAUCUUGGGCUGCACAGAGAACAGAUAAGUUCCUUGGUAUCUCAGGUGAGCAACUUUGGUCCUUUAAGACAAUCUUUUUUUAAUGAGAGUUAUUGCCCUUUGUUGUUUUCUGUAUGAUGUCUGUAUAUUACACAUUUUUUGGGGCAUUAUCUCAUAGGUUAUGUAAGAUUUCUUUAUGAACCUCAUAUGUGUAUAGACACUCAUGAGGAGAAGUGCCAUGCUCAACAACUAGUAUUAAACACUAGAAUAAGACUUAUUGCUUUGUGUUGUUGUUGUUAUGUAACUUCUCUGGGCUUUAUAUCAGAAACUAUGUAAGAUAUCAACAUGAAACUUAAUAGGUGUAUAGAUAUCAAUGAGAAGUACCAUGCACAAGAACCAUAGACCUACACUUUCUUACAUAAGAGUAUUUUGUCCUAUUUUAUGAUGUAAGUGUUCAGGGCUAUAUCUCAUGAAAAGUGCAUGGAUGUAUAGAUAACAAAUAAGAAGAACUGCCAUUCACCUUUUUCUUGUGUUGUGUUUGUAAGAUCUUAAGGGAUAUAUAUCAGAUUAAAUACAAUAUUUCAAUGUGAAGCUUCAUGCGUGUAUAGAUAUCAAUGAGAAGCAUUGUCCUGUUCAUCCAUCUCCACCAAUCAAUAUACAAAAUGUAUUUUGUAGGGAUAUCAUUUGAAUGAAUUUGCUUGUUUUUAUUAUAAUAUCCCUCCAUGAUGGAGUAAAGAGGGGGGGGGGUAUUUAAAAUGCCAAUAACGUCAGUCUCGUCCUCAGUCCUUAGACACAAACUUAGAUAACUGCAUGCAGUUUUCUCAUAUUUUAAAAACAACAAUCAAACUUGCACGUAUAAUGGCAUGAAAAUGUGCUAUUUUUUCCAUAUCUCUAAAGUUACAAUAGUAAAGCUCAUUUUUCAACUUCCAUGUUUUAUUACAUAAAGCUGCAUGAUGGCACAAGCGACAUCAGGGGAUAUUCUUCUUCACUUGUAUGACAAUGUCUAUUUGAAACUUAAGUUACCAUAUGUCAUUUAACAAUAUUCAAGUAUUAGACACUAGAUAAUUGCACUAAAAUUGUUUGUACUUAAAGAGAUAUUCUGUUCCUUAAUUAUCGAGACUGUAUUGCAUUGUUAUUUGUUUGGGCAUUAAACAUGUAAACAAG